GGAGGGGCGGGCAAGCCGGGGAGGACCGGGGGUUAGGCCCCUGCCUCACCGGACCUCGGAGCCGCCAGAUGGGGACUGCGUGCCGGGGGCCGCGGGGUUCUGCAGUAGCAAGCCUGCUAUCCGGAGCCAGCCCAGAUCCCGUCACGACCGCCGAACGAAAUCCCCGGCUCCGGCCGUGACCCCAGACUCAGCCCUGGCCCAUAUUAUGCCUGAAGGGCCCUUCGAUUUACCUCAUCUGAAAAAUUGGACCAAUUGGCUGCAUUGAGGGUGAGGACCAGUAGGCAGUUUCCAAGAUGGGUGAAAGGAAAGGUGUAAACAAGUACUACCCUCCGGAUUUCAACCCUGAAAAGCAUGGCUCUCUCAACCGAUACCACAAAAGCCACCCACUCCGGGAGCGGGCUCGGAAGCUGUCCCAGGGCAUCCUCAUCAUCAGAUUUGAGAUGCCAUAUAACAUCUGGUGUGAUGGCUGCAAGAACCACAUCGGCAUGGGUGUUCGUUACAAUGCAGAAAAGAAGAAGGUUGGCAAUUACUACACGACCCCGAUCUACAGGUUCCGGAUGAAAUGCCACCUCUGCGUCAACUACAUCGAGAUGCAGACAGACCCUGCCAACUGUGACUAUGUGAUUGUGAGUGGCGCCCAGCGCAAGGAGGAGCGCUGGGACAUGGCAGACAAUGAGCAGGUGCUGACGACAGAGCAUGAGAAGAAGCAGAAGCUGGAGACAGAUGCCAUGUUCCGCCUGGAGCAUGGAGAGGCCGACCGGAGCACGCUCAGGAAGGCCCUCCCCACCCUGAGCCACAUCCAGGAGGCCCAGAGCGCCUGGAAGGAUGACUUCGCCCUCAACAGCAUGCUACGGAAAAGGUUCCGGGAAAAGAAAAAAGCCCUGCAGGAGGAGGAGGAGAGAGACCAGGCGCUGCAGGCUAAAGCGAGCUUGGCCAUCCCACUGGUGCCCGAGACAGAGGACGACCGCAAACUGGCCGCCCUGCUCACGUUCCACACCCUGGACUCAUACGAGGACAAGCAGAAACUCAAGCGGACAGAGAUCAUCAGCCGUUCCUGGUUCCCCUCAGCCUUGGGACCUGGUGCCAGCAGCAGCAGCAGCAGCAAAGCCAGCAGCGUCCUGAAGAAGCUGGCCCAGAACCGCAGAUCUGUGCCUCCCGGCUCCCCCAUCACCGUGGGGAACCUGGGUAUCGUGCGAAGGCCUUCCCGGGAGGUCUCAGAGAGCCCCCAGCAUCUGGCCGACACCCCCAAGUCUGGGGACCCAUGGGUGUCAGAGGGCACCACCCAGGACAGGCCCACAUCCCCUCGAGACUGCUCUCAGGACAUAGCCAAGACCUCCAAGACCAGCAGGCCUCAGGGACAGGAUGGGAGCUCUCAGGACAGGCCCCAGUCCCCACCAGGCUCCUCUCAGGAGGCACCUGUCCCUCCAGACAUGCCACAGCCAUGUACCCUCAGGUCCUCCCUCGUGGCUGACUACUCAGACUCAGAGAGCGAGUGAGUGAGCAUGGCAACUGGACCCCCUCCAGAGGCCGAGGCACGUGCAGGGGGCCCCUCACAGACUGUAGCCUGACUCGCCCACCAGCCCUUGGAAAGCUUAGACACCGCCCCCUCCCCAGACCUCGCCUUUCCGCAGUGAUGGAGUUGUUAUUUAUUGGGUCCUGGAGACGAUGUGUGUGCCUUGUAGGACCCCCGAAAUUAAAGCCCUGUUUCUUUGCCCCUGCCUCGGGUUACUAGAUGGGCCCAGGGGCUGUCCCCCUCCCCUACCCCGCCACCCAACCAAGCUUGACAGGCCACUAGCAAAUGGUGUUGCUGGGGCUACAACUAUGACCACAGCCAUGGCCCUUACCCAGUGUGGUUAGGGUUUCAUGGUAGUGGCUCAGGUCAGCCUGCAAUCGGGGCAGACUUCCCAGAGGAGGUGGCACAGACUGAGCGUGAAGGGCAGCAGAAACCAUGCAGGGAGACCAGGACUGGGGGUCAUGUGGGGUGCCCAUGCAGGUGUGAACUGUUCAUUGUCCCCUAAGAAAGAUCACGAAAAAGGC